AUUGUAUUGUAAAGUAAAUUAAUUUAAAAAACCUAACCUGACCUAACCCUCUUAACUUUUAAAGUAUAAUCUUAUAAAAUUGUGUGGGCAUUUCGCAAUUGCGGGCACUCUAACCUAACAAUGCCCAAUUGUGUACUCACUCCUUAAUUUUUCAUCAAAAACAUCUGUAAAUUUAAAAUUUAUUGCAUGUAACAAAAUUAGUAUUUCAGCUUAAAGUCUAUUAUACUAUUAAGUACUAAUUUAAAAUGAAUAUUAUUAAAAACUUUAUGAAAUAUUACAAUGGCUUGUUAAAAACUAAUUUUGUGCUGGUGCAAUCAGUUCAAAGUGGAAUACUUUGUGGAUCUGGUGAUGUUAUCGCACAGGUGGUUGCUGAAAGAAAAUCUCUAAAAAAUAUUGAUCUUCAUAGGACUGGAUGUUUUUUAGUACUUGGAUCUUGUUUUAUAGGUCCAGUAAUAACAGUGUGGUACAGAUACCUUUCAAAAAAAUUAGGAGAUAAAGGCAAGUUUGUAGCUUUAAAAAAAGUGGCAGCAGAUCAACUUCUUUUUGUUCCCCCAUUUCAAAUAGCUCUAAUUUCUACUAUAAACACAAUACAAGGCCGAAAUUUAGAGUUUACCAAAGAACAAUUGAAGCUUAAAUACACAGACAUUUUAAUUGCAAAUUAUAAACUUUGGCCAGCAGUCCAAAUAGUUAAUUUUUAUUUAGUUCCAUUAAACUAUCAAGUAUUGUUGGUUCAAUGUGUGGCACUGUUCUGGAAUGCUUAUGUAUCGUGGAAGACACAACAUGGUAUUGUAAAAGACAAUUAGGUAUAAUUUAGAAAAUAAUUCCUUCUUAUAAUGUAUAAUGUGAGAGUUUGUCCCCUGUUGUCAAUUUUUCAAGUUCAUAAGGUACUUCAGUUCUUCAAAAUGUUUUGCUAGAUGUAGCGGAAAUGUACCUAUGAUGAUCCCCUUAAAAAAUAGCUUCAUAAUAAUUUUAAUUAUUUACUUAGCAGGCUUUAAAUAUGACCACAUAACAUCUUGUUAUUUGUACAAUAUGCAAAUGUUUCAAAUUUUGCAGAAGAAAUGAUGAUAAAAAUGUAUUCAUAAUUAACUAAAAUCCUGUUAGGGGUCCAUCUACUUUAAAAAAUGUUGCAGCCACAGAGAGAAAAUGCCGGAAGUCAUCAAUCUUUUUUCCUG